AUGGACAAGGGAAGAGAGAGAAUGGCCGCUGCCGCCGCCGCCGCCGCUGCUGCCGCCGCCGCCGCACAGUGCCGGAGCCCUCGGUGCGCGGCGGAGAGGAGAGGAUUCCGGCGCGAACUCGACUCCUGGCGCCACCGCCUCAUGCACUGUGUAGGUUUUGAGAGUAUUUUAGAAGGGCUUUAUGGACCACGGCUACGAAGAGACCUCAGUUUAUUUGAAGACUGUGAACCAGAGGAGCUGACUGACUGGUCUAUGGAUGAAAAAUGUUCAUUUUGUAACCUACAGAGAGAAGCAGUCAGUGAUUGUGUACCAUCUCUUGAUUCUUCACAGUCAACGCCAACAGAGGAGCUAUCAUCUCAGGGCCAGUCCAACACUGAUAAGAUUGAAUGCCAAGCUGAAAGUUACUUAAAUGCACUCUUUCGAAAGAAAGAUCUUCCUCAGAACUGUGAUCCUAACAUUCCCCUAGUUGCUCAGGAAUUAAUGAAAAAGAUGAUACGUCAGUUUGCAAUUGAGUACAUUUCAAAAAGUGGUAAAAUUCAAGAAAAUAGAAAUGGUUCAAUUGGACCAAGUCUCAUAUGUAAAAGUAUCCAAAUGAAUCAAGCAGAAAACUCUCUUCAGGAAGAGCAGGAAGGCCCCUUAGACCUCACUGUGAAUCGAAUGCAAGAACAAAAUACUCAGCAAGGGGAUGGAGUGUUAGAUCUCUCGACAAAGAAAACCAGCAUAAAAUCUGAAGAGUCAUCCAUUUUUGAUCCUCCUUCUGAAAAUUCAGUGACUGGUUCAACUGUUGAUGCAAAAUCAGAGGAAGCUACUAAAAUGGAAAAAGGACAAUCAGCUUUAAGCAAAGUUUUGGAAUCUUUGUGCAUACAUCACCAGCAACAAGUUUUGGCUAUGUUGAAAUUUCUAGUUCAAGAGCAGAAUGCUGCUUCUCUUUGCUGUUGUAAUUCUUCACAUGCUGUGUCCACAGACUUUCAAAAGACCAAAUUUGAAGAUGAAUUACGUGGUCCAUUCUGUAGUUGUGAAUAUAGACUGGCAGAAAGAGGGUAUUUACAGAAUGAAAGACAAAGCCUUGGUUUAGUUACUCUGCCAGUUUGUAUUAAAGAAUUACAUUGUUUAUCUUGCCAAACAGUAACUGUUGAACACAUUAAGACAGUAAUGAAUAGCGGAAUUGAAAACAGUUAUAACUCAAACAGGUGCCGUUCUGGACGGUUAGCAAACAUUCACUCUACAAAAUCAGUCUUUCAUAGUCCUCUUUUGUCAAGGGAAGAGUGUGAUCUUCCAGAGAGUCGUAAAAAUGCUUGUGGAUCUCGAAGUCCAUCACCCCCACCAUUAUCACCUGUACACACUGAAGGAUUUGAAAAAUUGAAAGACAUCAUAUCAGAGUUUUCAGUCUUAGAAAACAACAGACUAGAAACAAGUACUAAUCAGCCUCCAUCUCUAACACCAGCAGAAGUAAGUGUCAACAGGGGGGAUCAUGACAGGAAAAUACAGACAGUGAAGAAGGCCGGUACCUCUGAUUCUGUACUCUUGGAUGCCAGCGGCAGUUGCAGUGAAAAUCAUGAGAAAGCUGAAACUGCUGUCAUUUUUCAAGAUUUAAUGGAUCGUAUCAAUGAAAAAUUAAAAUCAAUAGAAACCACAGAUAUGACAAACUUUAUAAAAUUAUCUAGCAAUGAUUGUAAUUCAGAUAAUGAUUUUCAUUUAGGAGAUUUAAUAACAUCUCUCUUGCACAAUGCAAAGGCUAGUGAUUAUAGUUUUAUGGAAUUACUGAAUCAGCACGAUAAAAAGGUAGAAAAUAAAAUUAUUCAGACAAGAUUUCGAAAACGUCAACAAACCUUAUUUGCAUUGAACAGUUCUCCUGAUUCCCCCAUAAUUAGAAGGCAAUCUUUACAGAUAAAAAGAGAACUUGCUAGCCUUGAUGAAAAUUUUCUAAGAAAAAAGUCGGCUGAAAAAAAUCCAAGGAAAUUGGCACGCAAUUCAUUAGAAAAAGAAUUCCACCAUUGCCAAGAAUCCCUAAACAAUUCUAGAAGCUUUAGAGAUAAAAAUCAUGCUGGAACACGGUUUUCAACGAAUCACGUGGCACAAUCAUUACAGGUACCACAUCAUAGUUUAGAAACUAAUGUGGCUUCUGAUCAGUUUUUAGAAAACUUUAAAGCAACUUCAUCUGAAAAAAUGAACCUAAGGAAAUCACAGGAGAUACCUGCAGCUGAAAAAAACACUUCUCAAGAUAAUAGGAAGAAUCUCAAACUGGAGAAUACUCAAACUUCUUUAAGAAAUACUGUCCCUGAACUUCUGUGCAAAACUAAACGAAAUAUUAUGCCUCCAGGGUGGUGUUCUAUAUAUGUAACAAAUAAUUAUGUUUUCAAAAAAUACCCUGAGAGCAACAGAGUAUUAGACUCCACACACAGAAAAGAGUUAAUGAAACAUAUUCCAGUUGAAAGUUCACAAAAUGUAGACCUAAACAAAAUUGCAAUGAAUUCUAAUUUACAAGUUGUUGUGGAGCGUUUGGAAGACACAAUAAAUAUGACUCAAAGGUCUUGGAAUAAUCAGCCAAUGUCAGAAGGAUAUAAAACAUACAAAAAAUUGGUAGAAACUGAGGAUAAAGACCAAAAUACUGGGAGAAAUUUGACUCUUACGUUAAGUAGAAUGGCAUACACAGAACAGGGUUUAUCAAAAUCUGUGGUAGUAUCAAGCAAUAUUCUCAAAAAUCAUGGAAUGCCUAUUAUGGAUAUGAGUAACGAGAGACUUGAUAAUCCAAAAAAGGCACCUCUUCUGGAGAAAGAUAAUUUGACACCCAGUGUGGAAAGUGCACCAACAAGACAUGAAAGUAUUGAAAGCUUUCCUUGUUCUAACUACUCUAGUCCUAUAAAGCUCAUGUUUUUAUCUGAGAUUAAGACCAGUGAAGGAGUAAAAUACACUUUAACUUCAGUUGGCACUUCACAAGUGAAGGCUGGUGUUCCUUCCAAAAAACAUACAACCCAGCAGGUAGUUGGAAGGAAAACGGAAACAAAUGAUGGCAUGCCAAAUGCUAACUUUGAAAAUUGUACUUCUAAUGGGUAUGAUGCUGGCUAUCUUGAAAGAGAAUUAAGCAGACUUAAUUGUGUGAAAGAAGUUAGAGAGUCCCCUGUGGUAUUUACAGGUGGUUUAGCUUGUGAUAAACCACAAGAAGACUGCAAUGAGGAGUCAAGCAGUGCUGCCCAGUCAGCUUUUAAAAGGAAACCAGGCAGACCUAAAAAAAUAGGUCCCCAGGUUGUGAAACAGAUUAAACGGCCAAUUGGAAGACCACCAAAGCCUAAAAUUGGUCAAAUGGAUGCCACCAUAUGCCAAAAUAAGUCAUUUAGUGCUGGCAUGAAAAGCCCAGAAUCUCUCAUAUCAGAAAUAAAAGAAGGUGUUUAUAAAAACAGCAUUACAGUCACUGUUAUUUAUGGAAGGUCAAGAAGAAUCAAAAGGCAUGUUUCUGAAGGAAGUAUAAGCAUCAACAAUAUGAUGCUAUCCAGCAGUAAUGUUGACUAUUGUUCAGCCAACUCUAACAGUCUCAGAAAUAUUAGAGAACAUGAAGUUGACUCAGGUGAGAGUAUAUGUGCCCUGUCAAGAUUGAGUAGUGAAAGUGAGGUCUUAAGGUCUGGCUUUGACUAUAUCAGACCUAUCAAAAGCAAGUCUCUGAUACCUCAGCCUUCCAAGAACAUCAUAAGACCAAAUCAGAAGCCUUUGGCAAUAGUUCGGAAGCCAGGUAGACCUGCCAAAGUGAAAAUCUCUGGCAUAUCUGUGACUUUUAGUAGAAUUGCACCUCAGGAAAGAGAAGUAAGUAUUAGCAGCUGCUUACCCCCUUUAGAACAGGAGGCUUUGUUAGAGAAGAUUCUGCCAGAAGAAAAGUUGGAGCAGCAGUGCAAUGAGAUUGAUAAGACAAAACACACUGAAGUUGGUAUAAUUAAAAAUGAACCAGAAAGUAUGGCUUCUAUACCUCUGAGACAUUCUGUUAGGGACAGAAAGUCGUCUCUGCAUUCCUUACAGUCAUUGACUGCUUCUAGCUCACUUAUUUAUAGAAAUACUUUGCUUCAUAAAUCAUGUAAGCUGCAUUUACAUAAAGGCAAAAGUCUAAAGAAAAAACAUAGGCAGUCAAGCUUAAAAAUAGCUUCCAAAAGUAUGCCAGGAUCUAGACCUGCAAAAAGGUGCUUGGAAGAUAACAGAUUAAUGCCCAUUUCUGAAGUAUCUUUAGAUCCUGUAAUUUCAUCAAAUCCUUUGCUCAGGUGGUGGGCUACUUCUACUUCAAAUGAUUCCUUACUAGAAGAAUUAAACAAUAGAUUCGAGCAAAUAACAAAUGCUUGGGUGCAUGUGAGUGGAGAUGAAGCUGAAAAUUUUGUUCGUAAAACAGAAUAUAUUGAAAAUGAUAAUUUCAAGAUAGCCAACCCUUUGGACACUUGUUUUUUUAAACUUGAAGUUUCUCCUGUAAAAAUGCUUUUUCAGAAAAAAUAUGAUUUAAAUGAACUCUGUUCCUGGUUUAUGCAAACAACAGAAACACAGUCUCUCUCACUUGUUAGAAAAGCAAAUGCCCGAAACCCUUUGGAAGUAAUAAAUACCAAGGGAAUUAAGUUAGGGAUGAAAUACUGUGAUUUUAAUACCAGCCCCUUCAGGAAGCACUUUAAAAAAUUUGCACUCUCCUCUCCUUCUAAAUCAGCGAAGUUGCGUAUAUUACAUAAAAUGGUUAGAUCACCACUUUUAAAUGUGAAAAGUAACUUAACACGAGCUAGAUUGAAAAGAACUGAGUAUAAGAGAUCACACCUGGAAAAAUGGAGAAAAGAGGGAAGGCCACACCAUCAAGUUGACUGGAACUCUAAAAGAAGGAACCUAAGAUUUUUCUGUCAGAAUCAAUUUUUGAGUAAGACUGAGGGGGGAGCAAAUGCUGACAUUCUAACUCAUGGUGAAAGCUCAGUAGAUAAUCAGUGUGUUUUGUCACCUGAAAUCAAGGACCAGUUUAUGCAAGAGAAAUUUGAAUUACCUGAUUUCAAAACACAAACUAGUUUAGAGAAUAAAUUCCAGUCAGAAACAAAGGAGAAUGGAACAAAUCAGAACCAAAAAGAUUUUGAAACCAGACCGAGACUAGAAAAUGUAUGUCCUAAUAAUUGGGGGUCAAAAACAUUAAAAGACUGCAGAAUAUUUUUGAGGAAGAUCAACUGUCUUGAACACAGAAAUACUUUUAAACUAAAUACAAUCAUUUACUCUCCUGAAUCAGUGGAUAGUGGAAGUAGUAAUCAUCAGAUACAUCUAGAAGAAUCCAAGCGUUUUACUUUAAGAUCCCAUUCUGCUAGGCAAAAUUCUUUUAAAAAGCUAAGUCAAGAAAGAGAAACUGCUAAAGCAAAUAGUCCUUCAAGUGAUAAAUUAACUGAUGAACUUGGCAAUAGUAAACUAAAUAAUUUUAACUUUGACAAGAAUACAGAUAAUUCUGAAGUUCUUAGCAAAUUGAAAAGAAAAACACCACCAUGGAAGACCACCGAAAUGUCAACAAAAAGACAUAAAAGACAGUCUUGCAACAGUGGACAAAUGGCAAAUUAUUUUUCAAAAUACCAACUAGCAUGCUACAAAUGAAAACUGACGAGAAACUGAAUUUGUCUGAUGGGAAUACAGCAACUCGCCCUUUAAGCCCUGUUAAGAUGUGCCUUAAUCAUCCUAUUGAAUGGAAUCUGAAUUUAACAGCAACAUCUCUAGUGAGCUGUACAGUUCAUAAC